AUGGUUGCAACUCUUACUGAUUCAGAGUGGCCCAAACUGCCAAGCGUGGUUUUAGGCUCACCAAUGAGUACCAAGGUGGACGCAUUGAAGCCGCAUCCUUCAAUCGCUUCGGCUAUCUGCUCUCUAUACGACGCGGAGUGGAAGACAACUGCUCACUUGAUGAAUCGAAUUUUCCCCGUCGGCUUGCAGAUAAGCACAGCCCAGAAAUGGUUUGCAGGUAUGCAUGCCACAGUGAGUCGCCAGUGCUGCACCACCUCAUGGGUAUGUGUUUGGCUGAGAUGGUUUGAUCGAUACUUGGUGGAAAAGAUCCGUGAGUUGGACCAAAAUGCCGUAUUAGAGACGCAUGUAAACGGCAGAGGCUUGAAACCAAACUUAUCUUGGUGCCGUUUGGGCAGUGGAGCAGAGGAGCUCGACAAACUAUACAAGGAUAUGAAGGAUGCUCAAGAAGGGAAUGGGUUGUAUGUGCAGGCCGAUGACAUGAGCUAUUACGAUCAAACGGUCUGCGCAGAUCUGUUGUGCAGUGAGCCCGCCCCGGUUUUCAAGAUUCGGCCUACAGCAGCUGAGAGGCCCGUGCGUCCAUGGUCGAACUGUUAUACCGCACUAUAUCACACGCAAGGUCAGGGGUACAAAUCCCGGAUCGAUGCCCGCCCAGGCCAACCAAGCCCUCCAUCCCUCCAGGGUCGGUAA